GUUCACGUGCACCGGGUUGAGCCAGCCAGCGGCAGCGGCAGCGGCGGCAGAGCUGCUGCGCACAGUUCUUGGUGGCCGACCGGCGCUCAGGGCUUCCGCUGGUCAGCUGACCGCCCAGUGCGGAACUGCACCGCCUGCUACCCUGCUCAGUGCCGCCCGCCUGCUGGGUCCCUGCCACCAUGGCUGGGCUCAUGGUCAGUGGAACUCAAGUGUCCUAUGUAGGCCAGUACUGCAGAGAAAUUCCGGAGUACCUGGGCCGGGACUUUGGACAUUUUGCAAAGAGGCUUGACCUGAGCUUCAACCUCUUGAGGUCACUGGAAGGACUGAGCGCAUUCAGGAGCCUGGAGGAGCUCAUUUUAGACAACAAUCUGCUCGGAGACGACCUCGUGUUGCCAGGGUUACCCCACUUGCACACCUUAACCCUCAACAAGAACCAAAUUACUGACCUGGAGUACCUCCUUGAUCACCUGGCAGAAGUGACACCAUCCUUAGAGUACCUCAGCCUGCUGGGAAAUGUGGCAUGUCCCAAUGAGCUGGUCAACUUGGAGAAGGAUGAGGAAGACUAUAAGAGAUACAGGUGCUUUGUUCUGCACAAGCUGCCCAAUUUGAAGUUUCUGGAUGCCAAGAAAGUCACCAGACAAGAACGGGAGGAGGCGUUGGUCAGAGGGGCCUUCAUGAAGGUGGUGAAACCCAAGUCUUCCAGUGAGGAGAAGGAGGAAGCUGCUUCUCUUGAGGACCACCCCCAGUACACGCCCUUGCCUUCUGGAUCCAGAGAGCUCACCAGUCACCGAGGUGUCCUGGGGAAAGGUCGCUAUUUUUACUAUGGAAAAAACUCAGAGGGUAACAGAUUCAUCCGAGAUGACCAACUCUGAAGCUAAAUUCUGCAUGCCUUAGCCUUACACAUGACAAUAAAAUGGAAAAGCAAGAAAAA